AUGGAGUCUCGAGAGCUUCCGUCUGCCGGACCAAUACCUGGUGAUGAACCUUCACACGACGUGGCAUUGAGGGAAGCUUCUGGAGAAAAGUCCCCUUGCGGUAGCAGCGAUAUUUGGUCCUGCGGCCACUGUGAAUCUCUGUGUGAAUUUCUUGCCGGUGUCAGCUGUGCGGAGGUUCAGAAAGCUGCACAGAAGGGAUGCAAUCGGUGCUGGAUUAUCGCAGAAGCCGUCCGGGCCCUGGUCGAGGAAUACAAGCCUAAUCAAGACGAAGAUUGGAUUGGACGUAUAGAGCUAUGCCUCGAGGAUGACGUGCCGGGAAUGCUUUCAUGCUGGCAGAAAAGCUGCUCAUGGGAUGUCUUCGAUUGGAAAAUCCAGAUUUUUGUGGAACAGUCGACGUCUAUAGCAGGUGAGCUACCGUGGUUACCCAUCAUGCGCAAUAUUACGGUAGAAGGUGCCCCAGAGGAUUGCUUGCAGUUCGCAUCCGAGGCUCUGCAGAAAUGUGUGCACGAGCAUGAGCGGUGCCAUAGCGAUUCAAGCUUGCGGUACAUCCCAAAGCGUCUUCUCGACGUGGACACGGAGGGCAUAGUCAAAAUAAUUGACAACGCUCCUUCCAGUGUUCUCCAAGGGACCAAAUAUGCAGCCCUGACCUAUUGUUGGGGGCCACAAUCGGUUAUCAAACACGAAAUGUUGAACAAGACAGCACAGGAUCUGAAGGAAAUGGCCGAAGGACCCGGAGUCCCAGUCGAGAAGCUCCCCCGCGUGUUCCAGGAUGCCAUCAAAACCACUCGGUCUCUCCGGUUACAAUACUUGUGGAUUGAUGCGCUUUGUAUCGCUCAAGGAGAUCCAGAAGAGUGGAAGACCGAGUCACUCAAGAUGCAACAGGUCUAUGCCGGUGCCCACGUCACAAUUUCAGCAGAUGCGGCAUCAGCCUGCAAUGACUCUUUUCUUGAGAUGCCCCACAGGAAAUUCAGACAAAGUAUCGAUAUUGGGAAAGGUCGGUUUGGCUCAAGCAUCUUUGCAAGAUUGAGCAACCUCAGAUUUUCUCCAGAUGGCCAGCUUAAUUUUGAAGCUUCCGCACGCGCUCCGGAAUACAAGGUACAUUUUCGAGGCUGGACGUUACAAGAAAGUCUGCUCAGCCCUAGACUGAUCUCUUUCGGGUUCGAUCAGGUUCAUUUUAGUUGUGCAAAGAGAGGACUAUCGAUGGAAGGGGGAGGGAGGACUUCCUAUAAACAGUUCAGCUUGGACAAACUACGGCAGCAGUGGCUACAAUUAGGAUCACGGCGACAAAGCAGCUCGAGAGAUUCUAAUGACAAGCUUUUCAAAGUGUGGAGGGACCUCGUGGAGGAGUACACGCGUCGAGACCUCACCAUACCAGACGACACGCUUCCGGCCAUCUCUGGCCUGGCUUCCCAGCUCCAACAACAUCUCAAUCUGCAUUCCAGUUAUUGCGCCGGUCUUUGGAAGGAGGAUUUCGUGAGAGGACUGUGCUGGAGGCAUGAUUGGUAUAACUCCAGGAAACGCACUCCGCCUACCAAAUCUCCUUCUUGGUCAUGGGUUUCUUGUCCUCGUCAGGUGGGCUACCCAUCUUCGUUAAGAGCCGAUCAACUUUUAGCCGAAUUGGUGAGUCUCGAUCCCGAUCCAGAAUUAGCGAGUCUCCAUGGCGCGGUCAAAGAUCGAGAGUUUGGUCACGUCGACUCUAUGGAGGCUACGAUAGAAGGGCCCCUGCUCGACGUUGUUCUUCGAAUAGAGCAAGCUGGGGAGAUAUGCAUUGAGUCGGUACCUGCUUGUGGCCUUCCGCCUGAAGACGUGGGAUCGGUGUUCUGGAUGGACAACUGGAAAGAAUCCAGCGAGGGAGUCCCAGCAGUGAUACUACAGCCUAUGAGAGAAGGUUUUCCCGAUAUCUUGAAGCAGGGCGGUGGCAUGGCACACCUCCUGGCCUUGGUCAGGGAUGAAAGUGAAUUACUUCACGACGACAUGAUAGAAAGGUCCUGGGACGAAGUGUGCCUUGUUCUGGUCAGGUCUACCACAAUGUCGAACACAUACCUGAGGGUUGGAUUUUGCAUAACCUACACCUAUGGCGAAGACGAUGAAGCCAAGAUGUUAUUGAACUCCUGGGUUGCAAAGUGGGAGCGGAAACGCAUUACAAUAGUUUGA